AUGGACGACUCGCUCCACCAGCGGGCCAACUUCCCCCCCAACCUCGCCAUCGCCUGCGCGCACCAGACCCGCUUCGGCGACGACCUUGCCGCAUUCGGGAUCGCCGCCAAGACAUGGGACGCCUCCUUCGCGCUGCUCGACUACUUGCUGCCCCCCGCCCAGGCCAGCCCACGGAAACGAGGUCCAGCAGCCGAGACUGAUCCGCCUUCCCCCCUGCUCUCGAGUGCCGGCUCGCUCCACAUCAUCGACCUCGGAUCAGGCACCUGCUAUCUACCCAUCGGCCUGGCCAGACGCGUCGAGCCCACUGCACGACAGUCCGUCAAGAUCACCGCCACCGAUCUCCCCGCCGUCCUGCCCCUGCUCGAAAGGAACAUCGCCCAGGAGCGCACGCGAGGAAACCCUGCGAUCUCCGCCAGAGCUCUGGCCUGGGGCGACACCCAGCAGACGAUCGACCUGCUCAAGACACUCGAGCUCGCCCACCAGCCAGCUACCGAGCUGCUCGUCACCUGCUCCGACCUCGUCUUCUUCCCCUUCCUCUUCGCCCCCCUCCUGCGCACCCUGCUCAUCCUCACCUCCCCGCAAUAUCUCCCCUCCACCAUCACUUCCACUCCAGUCGUCCUGUUUGGGUACAAGGAACGCUCAGCCGUCAAAGAAUUCCCGUUCUUCUCUCUGCUCGGCCGGUACUUCAAACUGGAACCCAUCCUAUCGAGAUCUGACCCUGCAGGACCCUGGGAACUGUUUCGGCGGCAGCAUCAAUCUUCCGACGGCCGGGAUGGCGAUGAUCGAAGCAAGAUCUAUCUGCUCCGGGCCACCCGCCAUCCCUCAACGAUUCACCUCGAUCUCCAAUCAACCAUCUUGAAGAACCACACUGACAAUGCUGAUCCAGACAGGCAAGACCCACUCCUGACCCACGGCGAUGGCUCGGCUAGCGAUCAAUGGGAGUGGAUCUUACUCUCCAACUUGUCCGAUCACUCAAUCUUCUGA